AUGAGCCGCAUUCAGAGGCAGAAGAUAUUCAACCCUGGGCAGGGGCCGAUCCUGUUCACCAAGCAGAGGAGGCCCAAGGAGGCCCGCAGUCCGGUUAUACACGGGUGGCAACACAAUGGGCCCUGGUCGAGGUACAACAAUUUCGCUUACUUCUGGUCGGAGAUGCGCCCGAUCAGGAAGACCGUUGUGAAUCAUGCGCAGCGGGUGGGGCAGGUCCGGGCGUUCGGGCAGUGCCUUGAGGACUCUCCUGGCGUGAUCCAGGAGCUCUCGACCGAGGGUCCGUUCACGCUGUUCUGCCCCAACAACGAGGCCAUGGAGCUCAUCCCCGAUGCCUCGUGGGAGAAGCUGUGGAGCGAGGAGAAGCCGUCUUCCUCAGGCAUCACGCAGUGA